CCGCCCCUUCCGCCGCCACCCCCGCGAGCCCGGAGACCCAGCUCCAGCCCCAGCCCCAGCCCCGGCCUGGCCGCCCAGGCGUCGCCUUGGAGCGCGGCGGCAGCUGACUGCGCGUUUCCGAUCCGCUGGGAGCCGCGAGCCCCGCCGCCGUUAUGAACAUCCGCAAUGCGAGGCCGGAGGACCUGAUGAACAUGCAGCACUGCAAUCUCUUGUGCCUGCCCGAGAACUACCAGAUGAAGUACUACUUCUACCACGGCCUCUCCUGGCCCCAGCUCUCUUACAUCGCAGAGGAUGAGAAUGGGAAGAUUGUGGGGUACGUCCUCGCCAAAAUGGAGGAGGACCCGGAUGAUGUGCCCCACGGACACAUCACCUCACUGGCUGUGAAGCGUUCCCACCGGCGCCUCGGCCUGGCACAGAAGCUGAUGGACCAGGCCUCCCGAGCCAUGAUAGAGAACUUCAACGCCAAAUACGUCUCCCUGCAUGUCAGGAAGAGUAACCGGGCCGCCCUGCACCUCUAUUCCAACACCCUCAACUUUCAGAUCAGCGAAGUGGAACCCAAAUACUACGCAGAUGGGGAAGAUGCAUACGCGAUGAAGCGGGACCUCACCCAGAUGGCUGACGAGCUGAGGCGACACCUGGAGCUGAAGGAGAAGGGCAGGCACGUGGUGCUGGGCUCCAUCGAGAACAAGGUGGAGAGCAGGGGCAACUCGCUUCCAAGCUCGGGAGAGGCCUGUCGUGAGGACAAGGGCCUGGCUGCUGAGGAUAGUGGUGGUGACAGCAAGGAUCUGAGCGAGGUCAGCGAGACCACAGAGAGCACCGACGUCAAGGACAGCUCAGAGGCCUCCGACUCUGCCUCCUAGAGCCUGCACUUG